GCGCUGGCACCCCGGGCGCUGCGGGCCAAGCCCACGGUGCGCAAGGAGCGCGUGGUGCGGCCCGACUCGGAGCUGGGCGAGCGGCCGCCCGAGGACAACCAGAGCUUCCAGUACGACCACGAGGCCUUCCUGGGCAAGGAGGACUCCAAGACCUUCGACCAGCUCACCUCGGAGGAGAGCAAGGAGAGGCUGGGGAAGAUUGUUGAUCGAAUUGACAGUGAUGGGGAUGGUUUUGUCACCACCGAAGAACUGAAAACCUGGAUCAAACGGGUGCAGAAAAGAUAUAUCUAUGAUAAUGUCGCUAAAGUCUGGAAGGAUUACGAUCGGGACAAAGAUGAUAAAAUUUCCUGGGAAGAAUACAAACAAGCCACCUAUGGUUACUAUCUAGGAAACCCUGCAGAAUUUCACGAUUCUUCAGACCAUCACACCUUUAAAAAGAUGCUGCCACGUGACGAGAGAAGAUUCAAAGCUGCAGACCUCAACGGUGACCAGACAGCCACUCGGGAGGAGUUCACCGCCUUUCUGCACCCUGAGGAGUUUGAGCAUAUGAAGGAAAUUGUAGUUUUGGAAACUCUGGAGGACAUCGACAAGAACGGGGAUGGGUUUGUGGAUCAGGAUGAGUAUAUUGCGGAUAUGUUUUCCCAUGAGGAGAAUGGCCCUGAGCCAGACUGGGUUUUGUCAGAACGGGAGCAAUUUAGUGAAUUCCGGGAUCUGAACAAGGAUGGGAAGUUGGACAAAGAUGAGAUUCGCCAUUGGAUCCUCCCUCAAGACUAUGACCACGCACAGGCCGAGGCUAGGCACCUGGUGUAUGAGUCGGACAAAAACAAGGAUGAAAAGCUAACAAAAGAGGAGAUAUUGGAGAACUGGAACAUGUUUGUCGGAAGCCAAGCUACCAAUUAUGGGGAAGAUCUCACAAAAAAUCACGAUGAGCUUUGAUGCACACCCAGCAUAACAUGGCAGACUGUCAUAGGCUUUCUUUUACUGUCUUGGAUGGUUGCUACGGUUGUCUCAUGUAUAGCAGUCGUGUCCCCCAAAAAGCAAGUGUAUAACCUCAGAUUGGGGGUAAAGUUGGUUUUCACUCAAUAUUUACUGGAAAAUAGUCAUUACUUCAGCAAGAUUUCUCUCCAAGCACAUUAAAAUCUUGGUCAAUCACAAUGCUCUAUGGGGAUACAUUGCUAAAAUAUGACUUUUUAGCUUUUUCCAUUAAAUUUAAACUAAAGGGGAAUAAAAUUUGAAAAAGCCCUAUUAUUUAGAAGUCGGGUGGGUUGGCAGCCGCAGUAUAUAAAGUAUGUAAAGUGACCGCUAUGUAUUUUAACUGCACAUUUUUUAAUUUGUCAUUAUCAAAUAGUUGAUGAGGGAAAAUUCUGAUGUCGUCCUCCAUAGGCUUAUUUCAGAACAAGUCUCGUACUUCAGAUUCUUCUUUCUUGACUUUGUACGCUGAGCUGUUACUGUAAAUGGUAUAUAAAACCUCUGUGCAUUUUUCUGUACAGACCUGCUAAUGUGCACAACAAAUCCACAUCUUGGUUUUUUGUUUUUGUUUUUACAAUAAGAAACAAUCAAGAAAGAAUGUGAAAAGAAAGGAAUUUUAGAGAUAGGGAAAAGAUGAAUGUCAGGCAUUUGAAGAACUAUAGGAAAAUGAUGAAUGCAUUAUUGUACUUGAGAAAAUAUCUUUAUGUAAAAGAGGUAGGUCUGAUCUUUGAAAAAGUGAAUAUAAAUACAGUCUGUUUCCUCACUGAUCGUUGAUAGGAAUGUGGAGUGGGAUCCUAGGGAAGCCUGCUUAUUGGGGUGCUGGAACUGUAGAAUAUAGUCCCGAUGAUUCCACAACCCUCGGACCUAUCCCGGGGACCACUUACACUGUGGAAUUAGAACAAGAUGAUGUUCCAAGCCAUUGGCAGAAUUGGAAGAAGCAACUUCUACAGGUCGAAAUGCCUUAUAAGUAGAAAGUAAAUGAAAUAAAGGAUCCCUCCGAGGAUUUUUUACUGUG